CUGUUUGUGUUUAUUUCACUUUGGUGGAUUGAGCGUUGGCUCUGCUGGUUGAAGCUAGCUAGCAGCUGUUAGCAUGACUACUUGGCCACACCCUUGCUUCUGAAGCAAGUUGUCAUCAUCUCUGUCAAUUACCGUUCAGCCCCUGAAAAACAUCUCGCCAGGUCUGCUGCUUAUGAUGGUAGAUUAUUAGUGUGUUCGGAGAGUGACUUUAAACGAGUGUAUUAACUUGAGAUUUUGAAAGAUUUUAUGAGAAAUAUAAAUUCAUGGAGUUCAAUCAGUGUGUCCGUCCUUUUGAAUCCGAGUUCGAAGCCCCCUACCAAAACUAUCACCGAGUUAUGUUUCAUCUUGAGUCGGGUUUGGAUUGGGCUAGCCAGCUAAAUUUGAUCUUGGCCUUUCAUCUUGGGCCUGGGCUACCAAACCAGCCCAAAGAACCAGAAACAAACAAGGUGAGAGAGAGAGAUAGAGAAAUGGCAUUUUAUCCUCUCACAAUCUCUUCACAUAAACAGAUACAUCUCCGUCUCCGAGUCCCCACUCAAAGCGGAAGAUAAGAACUUUAACAGAAGAAGAAGAAGAAGAAGAUGUUAUCUGUGGGAAUGGGAAUCGAGUCCCAGGCAAACCUGAACGCCGCCGUAUUGCGGCUGAAGCUGCCGCAGCAAAUCUUCUAUAUGUCAAGAGUGUUAAUCAACGAGCAUUGAAUUUGAAGCAGAAGACUUCUUCUUUCUCUGUUUCUCACUCGAUGCUGGAGCUGAGGCUCGGACAUACUCGUGCCGCAAGAAGCGUCAGGCUCUCCGCCGCCGCCGAGUCUCUGGUCGCCGAAGAAACGGCCACCGCCGACACCGCCCCGGAAAAAGAGAAGCUCGGAGUGGUGGUGAAGCCAUUUGAGAAACCGAGGCUGGUAUUGAAGUUUAUUUGGAUGGAAAAGAAUAUCGGCAUUGCGCUGGACCAGAUGAUACCUGGCCACGGCUCCAUCCCUCUCAGCCCCUAUUACUUCUGGCCGAGGAAAGAUGCGUGGGAGGAGCUCAAGGUCUUGCUCGAAAGCAAGCCCUGGAUAUCUCAGAAACAGAUGAUUAUUCUUCUCAAUCAGGCUACCGAUAUCAUCAAUUUGUGGCAGCAGAGCGGCGGCAACCUGGCGUAAGCUUUUAUGUAGAAAAUUGAGUUUUAAGCUGUUGUGUUUGUGUGUAAUAGUUAGCAAUGCUUUUUUAUAACACAUUUUGGUUAUUUGUGAAUCACAUUUGUUAGAUUCUCUUCUCUUCAGAUGAUAUCGACUGCAUCUUCCAAGUUCCAAUCA